UUGUCUGUUGAGAGAGAGAAAGGCAGAGAGAGAGAGGGAGACGAACAUUGCCAUUAAGCUGAUCCAUUAGAAUGGGCUCUUCGUCGGGCCAGAGUAACAGCUACGAUCUGUCCUUCAAGAUCUUGUUGAUCGGGGACUCCGGCGUCGGCAAAAGCAGUCUUCUCGUCAGUUUCAUUUCAAAUUGUGUCGACGAUCUUACUCCUACAAUCGGAGUGGAUUUUAAAAUCAAGCUGCUAACAGUCGGCGGAAAGAAAUUGAAGCUUACAAUCUGGGAUACUGCUGGACAGGAGAAGUUCAGGACAUUGACAAGCUCUUAUUAUAGAGGUGCCCAGGGGAUCAUUCUUGUUUAUGAUGUGACAAGGAGAGAACCCUUCACAAACUUGUCAGAUGUGUGGGCCAAAGAAGUAGAACUAUACUCCACCAAUCAGGAUUGUGUGAAGAUGCUUGUUGGAAACAAAGUUGACAGAGAAUCUGAAAGGGUCGUAAGUAGGGAAGAAGGGGUUGCUCUUGCAGAAGAACUAGGAUGUUUAUUUCUAGAAUGCAGUGCUAAAACUAGAGAAAAUGUGGAACAAUGCUUUGAAGAGCUUGCGUUAAAGAUAAUGGAGGUUCCAAGACUUUUGGAAGAAGGAUCUACAGUGAAGAGAAACAUCUUAAAGCAGAGACCAGAAAACCAGGCACCUCCUAGUGGUGGUUGUUGCUCAUAA